CCUCUCGUUCGUGUAUGGAACAGCAAGAACAUGAUGUACAGAAUGGAUGUACAGGGACGCACAUACGUCGCCUGAGUGACGCGCCGCCAUCCACAAGCCGUGACAUUUCACUCGGACUCCACAACCGAGACUGCUGACUCCGUGUUUACACUUAAAGGCUGUAAAUGUAACACCAAGCGGGGCUUUUACCGUCUAAAAGCAUCCGGAUGUUCCUCUGCUAGCGAGCUUUAGCAGCUUGAGCAACCUCUGCGGAGGUCAAGCAGGCUCAACCGGACAGAAAGGAUGGGUAGAAAGUUAGCUUAGGGGUGAAGCUAAAUUUAACUGUUGCUUUUAUCACAGAGCCGUCCUCAACAAGUGUUCGAGCUUUAAGGCGGUGGACUUCCUUCUUGUUAGCGAGUCGUGAGGAUGAGGAGCCGCAGUAAUUCAGGAGUGAGGCUGGACGGAUAUGCCAGACUGGUCCAGGAGACCAUCCUCUGUCACCAGAACCCAGUGACAGGACUCCUCCCGGCGAGCAUCCAGAAGAAGGAUGCCUGGGUGAGGGAUAAUGUGUACAGUAUCUUGGCUGUGUGGGGGCUGGGCAUGGCUUACCGCAAGAAUGCAGACCGUGAUGAAGACAAGGCCAAGUCCUACGAAUUGGAGCAGAGUGUGGUGAAGCUGAUGCAGGGGCUUCUGCAGUGCAUGAUGAGACAGGUGGAUAAGGUGGAGAAGUUCAAACACACCCAGAGUACAAAGGAUAGCUUGCAUGCCAAAUAUAACACUGCCACCUGCGCUACGGUGGUCAGGGACGACCAGUGGGGCCACCUGCAGGUGGAUGCUACCUCCAUUUACCUGCUGAUGUUGGCACAGAUGACAGCCUCAGGUCUCCACAUUAUCUCAAACCUCGAUGAAGUGGCUUUUAUCCAAAACUUGGUUUUCUACUUAGAAGCCUCCUACAAAGUAGCAGAUUAUGGGAUGUGGGAGCGAGGUGACAAGACCAACCAGGGCAUCCCUGAGCUUAAUGGCAGCUCUGUAGGAAUGGCCAAGGCAGCUCUGGAGGCCAUCGAUGAACUGGAUCUGUUUGGGGUUCAAGGAGGACCAAAGUCAGUCAUCCAUGUUUUACCCGAUGAAGUGGAACACUGUCAGGCCAUCCUUUGCUCCAUGUUACCAAGAGCCUCAACUUCCAAGGAGAUAGAUGCUGGUCUUCUGUCUGUCAUCUCUUUCCCAGCCUUUGCUGUGGAGGAUGCUGAGCUGGUGGCUAUCACUAAGUCAGAAAUCAUAAGCAAGCUUCAGGGUCGCUACGGCUGUUGUCGCUUCAUCAGGGAUGGAUAUCACUGCCCUAAAGAGGACCCUUCUCGACUCCACUAUGAUCCUGCAGAGCUCAAGCUGUUUGAGAACAUCGAGUGUGAGUGGCCCGUGUUCUGGACUUACCUCAUACUCGAUGGGAUCUUUGCUGGAGAUCACGUGCAGGUGCAGGAGUACCGUGAGGCUCUGGAAGGUAUUUUGAUCAGAGGAAAGAACGGCAUUAAACUGUUGCCUGAACUUUAUGCUGUGCCUCUUGACAAGGUUGAAGAGGAGUACAUCAAUCCUCACACAGUGGACAGAGUGGCCAUGGGACAGCUUCCACACAUGUGGGGACAGUCACUCUACAUUUUAGGCUGUCUUCUGGCUGAGGGGUUUUUAGCAACAGGAGAGAUCGAUCCUCUCAACAGGAGAUUCUCCACACACUUCAAACCAGAUGUUGUGGUACAAGUUUGUGUUCUAGCAGAGUCGAAGGAGAUCCAGGAGUUUUUAAAAGAUCUUGGGAUCGUGGUACAAACGGUGUCAGAAGUUCUGCCCAUCCGGGUCAUGCCCGCCCGCAUCCUGAGCCACAUCUACGUUAGACUAGGAAAGUGUAAAAAACUGAAUCUGAGUGGGAGGCCUUACAGACACAUCGGAGUUCUGGGAACGUCCAAAUUCUACGAGAUCAGAAAUCGAUCCUACAUUUUCACUCCUCAGUUUCUGGAUCAGCAUCAUUUCUAUCUGGCCCUGGACAAUCAGAUGAUUGUGGAGAUGUUACGAACAGAGCUGGCCUAUCUCUCCUCCUGCUGGAGGAUGACAGGACGACCAACACUGACUUUUCCCAUCACACGCAGCAUGCUGGUUGAAGAUGGAGAGGCGGUUGACCCGUGUAUCGUGUCGACACUCAGGAAACUACAGGAUGGCUAUUUUGCUGGAGCCAGGGUGCAGAUGUCAGACCUCUCUAGUGUUCAGACCACCUCCUUCCACACCCGCCUCACCUUUCUGGAUAAAGACAGUGAUGACAGCUUAUUUGAGGAUGUGGAAGAAGAUGAUGAAGAAGAUGACGACUCUGUUCUCCCAGACAAAGGCUCUAAGGAUGUGUUUGACCAGUACCUCACACAGCUCCUCCACAGCACCACUACCACCAAGGGUCAUCUUCCUCCUAUCCAGAGGGGACAACACCACGUCUUCAGCCCUGAACACACCACGAGAGACAUUCUGUCUUUCAUGGCUCAGGUUCAGGGCUUGAGAAUACCCAAGACCUCCAUGUAUCUACCGGCGACUCCGGUCAUGAACAAGCACCGUAAAUCUCUAAACCUUCUUGAGGCUCUUCAGCCUCCUUCUUCUCCGAAUGUGAAGCAGCAGCCGAAGCACCUGAGUGUUUCAGACCUGCACCUGCCACGAGACCCUCAGGGCAACACAGACUUUGCAGCUCUGGUAGAGCAGCUGAAGGAGUGUCCCACUCUGCAGGACCAGGCCGACAUCCUCUACAUUUUAUACAUUCUGAAAGGAGCUGAUUGGGUGGUGGAGCUGUCCUUUCAUGGACAGGGUGGAGUCACUGUGAAUGCGCUUCUGGAGGAGCUGUACAUACAAGCUGGAGCCUGUAAAGAAUGGGGCCUCAUCAGAUACAUCUCUGGAAUAUUACGCAAGAGAGUGGAGGUCCUUGCUGAGGCCUGUACGGAUCUGAUUUCUCAUCACAAGCAGCUGACUGUGGGCCUGCCUCCUGAGCCAAGAGAAAGAGUGAUCACAAUGCCUCUUCCUCCAGAGGAGUUAAACACGCUAAUAUAUGAAGCCAGUGGCCAGGAUAUCAGCAUAGCUGUUCUCACUCAGGAAAUCAUGGUUUAUCUAGCCAUGUACGUGCGCUCCCAGCCUGCUCUGUUUGGAGACAUGCUCCGGCUCAGGAUAGGACUCAUCAUGCAAGUGAUGGCCACAGAGCUGGCUCGGAGCCUGCACUGCUCCGGUGAGGAGGCAUCGGAGAGCUUAAUGAGCCUGAGCCCAUUUGACAUGAAGAACCUGCUACAUCACAUCCUAAGUGGCAAAGAGUUUGGAGUUGAGAGAAGCAUGAGACCAAUCCAGUCCACCGCCACCAGUCCUGCUAUCUCUAUCCAUGAACUGGGGCACACUGGGGCCACCAAGACAGAACGCACAGGAAUACACAGGUUAAAGAGUGAGAUCAAACAGCUGGAUGGCUCUCGACCUGGCAGUAUCUUCAGUGGCGGUCUUUCCUUGAGUAGCAAUGUAACCUCCCCUCGCUCCACGUGUUGCAGCAGCCCCUCCACCCCCAGUGGAUUGCUGUCCCCAGUGGGAGACAGUCCAGGACAUGGGCAUUUCCACUGGGAGGAGAGACAGGGACAGUGGUUGAGGAGGCGAAGGCUGGACGGGGCUAUCAACAGAGUCCCGAUGGGCUUCUACCAGAAGGUCUGGAAGAUCCUGCAGAAGUGCCACGGCCUGUCUAUUGACGGAUAUGUUUUACCCUCUUCCACAACAAGAGAGAUGACUGCAGGAGAGAUCAAGUUUGCAGUGCAGGUGGAGUCGGUGCUGAACCACGUCCCUCAGCCGGAGUACCGGCAGCUGUUGGUGGAGACUUUGAUGGUUCUGGGCCUAGUGGCUGACGUGGAUGUGGAUAACAUUGGUGGGAUCAUUCAUGUGGAUCGCAUAUUACAUUUGGCCAAUGACUUUUUCCUUAACGACCAGAAAUCCUUCAGCGCCACUGAUUAUUUCCUCCAGAAGGACCCGGCAACAGGAAUUUGCAACUUUUUCUACGACAGCGCCCCGAGUGGCAGCUAUGGCACCAUGACCUAUCUCUCCAAGGCAGCAAUCACGUAUGUCCAAGACUUCCUUCCCAAUUCCAGUUGCCUGAUGCAGUGAAUAAGCUGACAGGUGCUGCCACCGACCGACUGAUAAACACCUGAGAUUCCCAAGAGAUCCGCUGGCUGAAGGCGAACAAAGCUUCUGGUUUUCAGCUCAUGUGGUGCUCGUAAAUAUUUACUCUUCCAAAAAACUUUAGCUCGCAUGCACUGUUGCAAUAUCACGGCUCUGACAGCUGCUGGAAAUGACUUUAAACAAGUUUAUGUAGUCUUUGUUAGGCUGCUGUUCAAAUGUGUGCUUAUAUUAACUUAGAUCAAACAUAAUUUAAACGAAAAUGUCUAAAGACAUGAGCACAGCUCUGUGCUUUUAGAUAAUAUAUUUUAUUGGCUGGUAAUUUAUUUAGAUUUUUAUCAUUUAAUUUAAAAUGCUACUGAUGCCAUCAGUCUUCACAUUGAUUUGCCUGUGCACUACUAACCAUUAAAAAAUGUUGUAUUUGCACUUAAAACAAUAAUAAUGUGUUCAUUUACUAUUUUGAAUGACCUAAAAAUUUGAAGAUAAAUUAGAGACAGUUAUUUUGAUGUGAAGAUGUUUGUGUGUGUGUGUGUUUUUCUUCUUUCUAAUGCUAAUUUAUCAGUAUGUGUGUAUUUGAGUGUCACAUUGUGGUUUUGCAGCUCACCUGUCUGUUCACCAUUACCUCAGCUCACUAAAAUGGGCUUAGUUAAUUUGUUUGAUGUGAAAUUAAGUGUAUCCCUGCUAUGAGUUCAUACUGGUUACAGUAGUAUUCAAGCGAUGUCAGUAACGAAACGUUUCUCUCCCGAUAAAGGGCGAAAUAUCAGGUUCAGUGGUAUGAUUGUAACAACAUUAUAACUGAAAUCAGAGCACUGUGCUGACUGCAUGCACUUUCAGGUGUGGAGAACAACCGAGUGACAGGUGGAACCUGUGUGCUGUAUAUUUGUAAUGUGGCUGGAAUAAAGAUUUUUCAUAACAGUU